AUGAAAGAAUUGAUCUCUUUUUUAAAUACUUUACUGCGAAAAUUUGUUACAAUCAAUUAUGAAAGAUUUGGAUUUGUAUUAGAACAAUUAAAACACGCGUACGGACUACUUGUUGAGGUUAAACACGUCCCGGCAAAGUAUAUUCUUGAAUGCUUUAAAAUAUUGGAAUCAAUUAAACACAUCUGCAAUGUUAAAAUACGCGAAAAUGUUACACGAAACGCUCUAAACUUCAGUUUACCUGUUCAAGUUCUUAAACCAAAUGUACUGAAUUGCAUUCACAUAAGUAACACGAGUGGACGUCCAUUAGUGACAUCUAGAAACACCUGUCCAGACUGUAUUAAGGCUUAUUUGAUGCGCUGGCUAUUACUUCAUGUUGAUAAUCCUUAUCCUACACCUUCAGAAUACUACCAAUUAUGCCUUGAAACCGGUUUAACGAGAAACCAAUUGCGUAAUUGGUUUUCCAACCGACGACGUUAG